UAGCAUAAUCAGUACUAUAGUGUCUUCUGUGGUGACAGGAACAUAUUUGUGUGCAUCUCUCUCGUCGUAUAAUUUUAACGGAAUUCUUCGUGGGUAGAAUUUUUUUUACCGUCGAAAAGGAUCGAUUUUUUUUUCAUUAACUGUGUGAUACAACUGUAAAGAAAAAGUUCAACGAAUUUAUUUGAAUAGAAGCAUUUUUAACAGAACGAUAUAUCUGUUUCACAGUGAAUAGUAGUGAUUUUCAUAAAUUUGUUUCCACUUUGGAUUAAAUACUCACAAUGCACUUGAUAAGCAAGGCGUUUGUUGCGACACUACUCAUUGUAACAUGGUUUCAUAUCGCUGAAGCUGAAACAAAAUCCAAAAUUGAAUCAACAUCACAAUCAAUUGUAAGCCGAUUGAAUCCAGCACUCCGAAAGGCCUUGCUGAAAGCUCUAACCAACAUAGAAAAUGAAGAAACUACUGAAUUGAAUGGUAUUCAGGAAACAACUGAAGACGAACUGCUCGAAGAGAGCACCAAAGCUGAUUUGAAAUCAUUAAAUUUGUAUAACUCAUAUUUGACGGAUGGCGCGAAAAAUUUUACACAAAAAAAUGAGAAUGAAAUUAUUCAUACGAUAAUUUUGAAGAAGGCGAAAACGACGGCGGCUCCAAUCGAUUCGUCGAGACAAGAUGAUCAAGUCAUUAUUCAAUUUGGUGCACCUGACCCGGUCAAAGACAGCGAUGUACACAUUGAAACCGUUCAGAUUGCCCGUAGUGUUAAAACCAAUGAAAUUGAGGAUGGAGAUAGUGAUACGGCAAACAAUAACAGUGAUGAAAACCAAAACGACUUUGAAAUAACAACUUACAAACCACUCACAACAGCUGACACAACCACAAAUUUAGCUGAAACAAGAAAAUCAUCAUCUCUUACCACAUCAACAUCCACAACGACAACAACAACCACAACGACUACAGAAGCGCCAACCCAUAACGAAGAUGGUGAAAAUAUUGAAAAAGUUUCAAAAAAUGAUGUGAAAAUUUAUCAAGCGCCACUUGUUGCCGCCUUUACCGUUCAACAAGAUGCACUUGGUUUACCAAAAAAUGUGAUUCCAUUGAUUCAUCCAGUUCGUACGGCACCAGCUGUUGCGCGACCAAUUCAACAAUUCACAAUAAGUUCAUCGACAUCAGUGAAUACAACACCAAAAACCCCAUUGAUCAAUACAACACCUUUGGCACAACAUUUGACACUUGAACUGCCAUCGGUGAAUAAUGCACCAUCGUUCAGUCUGUCAAAGUCAUUGGAAUUGCCAUCAACAAAGGAGGCUGCAUUCACAACAUUUGCAUUGGAUCAAAAACGGAAGCAACUUGAGGAACAAAUCGCACAAUUACAGGCUCAACAACGUCAAACAGAAGAGACUUUCCGUCAACGACAAGCAUAUCAAGAGCAACAAGCAUUGAAUCGACAACAAGAGUUACUUUUACAACAACGUUAUCGAUUUGAAGAGGAAAAUCGAGCACGUUUACACCGUUACGAACAGGAACAACAAUUGUUGAGACAACAACAAUUUCAAAAUUCACAUUUCUUAACGAAUUUACCAACGCUUAACCAUUUGACACCACCGCCUGCCGAUCAAUCGAGCUCAGUACAGGUCAUUCCUAGUCUUUCAUUUCCAACACAACAAUUGUUGCCAGUUCGUGAAGCCGGUGAAUUUCGAUCAAAACCACCCACAUUCACCCCAUCACAACCACUACCUGUAUUUUCAAAUAAUUCACCAUUGCUAAAUCCAAAUCCACAAUUACCAUUGAAACCAGCACAACAAUUCAUUUCUGGCAUAACCGGUCAUCCAGCAUUGAAUAAUAUCGAUCCGAUUACAAUAAGCGAUCAAACACGAAGCCGUAAUCGAGUCUUUCGACAGGAAUCGGGCACAGCAAACUUUGGUUUAAAUUCGAUAAAUACAAAUUUUCCACCAAUCUAUCCAAUUUACAACGUUGACAAUCAAUUACAAAAUUUACUUUACCAAUCAGGCGUCGGUGGACGAUCCAACGAAGACCUAAACAUUAUAUCAAAAGUUUUAUCAUUAAAUCAUGGUAUUCAAUUGCCGACAGGAACGACUACUUUUUACCCCACCAUUCAGGGUCGAUUUAUAAGAAGUGCACCGAAUUAAUUUGUGACCGGAAAAAACGUGUUUUAGCGGUUUUUCUACUUGCAUAAUGUGCAUAAUAUGUACAGUGUGAAAAAUUGAACAAUGUAAACGUAUCUAAUAGUUUAACACUUCAAAUCAUAAUAAAAAUCGAAUAUAGUCAAUUCAACAAAUAAUAAUGACAAGAGAUGAAUAAAAACACAAAUAUUUUGAGAAAAUACAAGAAAACACAUAUUUAUGUUUAGAAACAAUAACCAUCGCAAUUCUUUAUUGUACUUUAUUGGAGGUUUUGUUUUAGUUGCCGAUUGCUGGACGUAACGAAAGAAAAUUAAGUGCCUGUCGUUUGCGGUUUUUUUUCUCGCUUAUAUAUAUAUAUUUAUAUACUUUAAGAUAUUAAAUUAUUCUGUCUUUUCUGCCCCUCUUCACCGAUUAAAUGCACUGUACAAUUUGGAAUUCGCCCUUUUUAAAUUGAAUUAUUUAAUAAAAAUGAAGUGAAA